GGUGGGUUAAUGGAUCUGUGCCUUUUUAGUAUGUUGAGGACCGCUAGGACCCGACGGACGCCUUUUCGUGGCACUGGAUAAAAUCGAGAGGUUCGCUUACGGGCGUGAGUGCAGGUUGCUGAGCUCCGGGGAGGGAAGAUGGGGUUAGUGACAGAGCCAGCAGCUGGGAAACAGCAACAGAGGCAACCUGUGACAGGGACAAGAAACCAGGAACUGCACUGAAGAGCUGGCUUGGACGAAACUUACGAGAGAAGUUUACUUCUCUCUCUCCUGACUUCACACCUUGUCAAUCCGGACGUCCGCUGGGCUGGACAUAAUUGAAACGAACAGCCGAAGCCCAAUUUUAACCUCCGACUUUAGGAGCAACAACAGCAAAAAGAUGCACCCUGCUCAAAACAAUUCCUUUGUGAUUUAAUUUUAAGAAGAGGCCAGUAGCAAUUUAAAGUUGAGCCAGUUUCCACCUCUGUUUGUGGUGCCGACUGUGAUAGGAUCCUUGAGAAGGGAGUUGAACUGAGCUCCGUGGCUACGUGAGGAAUUCUAGGACUAACCUGGAGAUCGGCGUCCAGAGGUAUCUUGUGAUAUGUAGAGACCACUCUUGACUUUAAAAAUAAUUCCAAAAAGUCUGAGUAAAUGGGAGAAUGGCUGGUCUACAGUUGGUUACACCUUCACCGGCAUCGCUUUGGUUGCUUAUUCCAGUUUUCAUUGGAUUGUUGCUUAGUGUCGUACUGGGGCUCACAGCAGACUUUCUAAAGAGCUGCUGCAAAUCAUUUUCAAAGGAUAAUGAAGGAGAUGACAGCAAAAGUAAAGUUCCUAGGGAGGCUGCAAGUCCACCUUCUAAACUAGAUCCCAGUUCUGGCCAGAAGAAGAUCAGAUUUACUGAGGACGUUUUGCUGUCCAAACUACCUCCUGAUGGUAGGGAGGUUCACUUUGUGGUACCAAAUUUAAAACCAACUUAUAUACAACCAGGUUUCAACUGGACCUAUGAAGACACUGUGCCAGGGUUCUCAAGAGCUGAAUAUACUGAAAGAAAACAGGAGCUAUCCAAUCAACACAGAGUACAGUUUGAUGAAAUCUACAAUCCUAGUUUUAUGAUGAAGCAAGUUACACAAGGAGGAGGCCAACACAUGCUACCUCCAGGGAACCCGGGCACCCUGUCCGGGUCAGCUUGGGAAUUGAGGAGCCCAAAAACGAGUAAUGCACAAGGCUUAAGCAGUUCCAUGUUUGAUCUUUCAAAUCCACAACGCAUGCAAAGGUUUAGUUCAACGUCCAGUAUAAACAGCACAAUAUCUUCUUUGAUGGAUUCCCAGGGAAGCUCUCGAAGCGUAGACACACUUGCAGAUGACUUUGGAAAACUCAAUCUGAAACUGAGUUACAGACCAAACGUGGAACAAAUCUGGAUCAACAUAGUACAGAUUAGAGACUUGUACCUGCGCAGUAAACCUGCAGAAAAGGUUAUUGUUUAUCUGAAAGGAACAAUAACGUUAGAAAAGCCUGUGCACUUCAAAUCUUCCAUGAAAGAUGGUGCCAGUGAUUUGCUAUUUAUGGAAACGUUUGUGUUUAAUAUUUCACUGCCUAGUCUCAAAACACAUGGCCUGGUUAUCAAUGUUAUGACUCAGAAUCCACGGAAGAGAAUUAUUGGUGAAUGCUCAAUGUCACUUAGAGAGUUAAGCGAUGUGGAAUCAAACCUCUGGCUUGAUAUUACUCCACCUUCAAGAACACCGAACUGCCACGCACUUCUGCGAGUAGGGACAUGUUUCCAAGCCAUCAGCAAUCGGAUCCAGCUGCAAAUCCUGGAAGCACAGAAUCUGCCAAGUUCUUCCACUCCCCUGACAUUGAGUGGUGAUUGGAUGGGACAGCACGGGAGAGGCUUUGGAACAGUGGCAGGACAUGAGUGCAAAUCCAGAGAAGCUUGUUAUCAAGUGGCACAACCUGAACCUCUCCUGAGGUCUCAGCAUUUUGCUGAGCUGAGCACAUCCCAACCAGACUCAAAUUGCAAAAAAGUGGGACUCAACAAUGAACUGUGUCUUCAUAUCAUGUGUUUUAUAAAGAGAUUCACUGGGAAUAUUAGCAUAAUGUUGCAUUCUUGACUGUAAAGCUCUGGACAUUAUCGGCCACUGAACACUACUGGAAGUUGAAACUUGUUGGAGGGCAUUAUGGGGCAGGGUGUUUGGAAAGCAUAGCCUGUGGAACAGUCUUCCUGCCUUGUGAUGUGUGCCAGACUGUGUACUGUACAAAACCUAGUACUUAGCAUUGUCUUCAUUGUAAUUUUCGUCAAUGUUAUCUUUCUUCAUUCAUCACUCCACUUUAAUAAUAAUAAUAGACCACAGCAAUAGUAGGAUGCACUUCAGUGUAUAUAAUAGGGAACUUCCAUAGCUUCUAAUUGUGUAUUAUAUACCUACAUAUUGUAAAGACAGGAGCAAAAACAAAGUUGCUGGAAAAGCUCAGCAAGUCUGGCAGUA